AUGGGGCAAAAUGAGAUGCAGACUGUCUUCCUUCUGUUGGUGAGCCUUGUGGGCGACUGCUUUGGAGCAUUUCCGAACACUAUAAAUAUAGGUGGACUUUUCAUGAGAAAUACAAUUCAGGAGCACAGUGCGUUUUUAUUUGCAGUACAGCUGCACAACACUAACCAAAAUAACACAGAGAGGCCCUUCCAGUUGUUUCAUCAUGUAGAUCAUUUAGAUUCAUCUAACAGUUUUUCUGUUACAAAUGCUUUUUGUUCCCAAUUUUCCCGGGGAGUAUAUGCCAUCUUUGGGUUUUAUGACCAAAUGUCUAUGAACACUCUGACAUCAUUCUGCGGGGCCCUACACACAUCAUUUAUUACACCAAGCUACCCAACAGAUGCAGAUGUACAAUUUGUCAUUCAGAUGCGACCUGCACUUAAAGGAGCUAUUCUAACUCUUCUCAAUGAUUAUGACUGGCAGAAGUUUGUUUACCUGUAUGACACGGAAAGAGGAUUCUCCAUUCUUCAGGCCAUUAUGGAAGCAGCAGUACAGAACAACUGGCAAGUGACAGCCAGAUCAGUGGGGAAUAUAAAGGAUGUUCAAGAGUUUAAACGCAUCAUAGAAGAAAUGGACAGACGUCAGGAGAAAAGAUUUGUAAUUGACUGCGAAGUUGAGAGAAUAAACACGAUUUUGGAACAGGUUGUAAUCCUUGGCAAACACACUCGCGGCUACCACUUUAUGCUUGCAAACCUGGGUUUUACAGGCGUCUCGUUGGACAGAGUCAUGCAUGGUGGAGCUAAUGUGACUGGUUUUCAAAUAGUGAACAAUGAAAAUCCAAUUGUACAACAGUUUUUACAGAGAUGGGUACGCCUGGAUGAGAGAGAGUUCCCUGAAGCAAGGAAUGCGCCAUUUAAGUACACUUCAGCUUUGACCCAUGAUGCAGUCUUGGUGAUAGCGGAAGCUUUCAGGUACCUAAGAAGGCAGCGUGUGGAUGUUUCGAGAAGAGGGAGCGCUGGAGACUGUCUGGCAAAUCCUGCAGUGCCUUGGAGUCAAGGGAUAGACAUUGAAAGAGCCCUUAAGAUGGUUCAAGUUCAAGGUAUGACUGGUAAUAUCCAGUUUGACACAUAUGGUAGAAGAACCAACUAUACUAUUGAUGUGUAUGAGAUGUCAGGCACCAAAGCUCGAAAAGUUGGGCAUUGGAAUGAAUAUGAAAGAUUUGUACCUACUUCUGAUCAACAACCUGUAAAUGAUUCUGCCUCUGUAGUAAAUAAGACAAUCGUAGUUACAACAAUCUUGGAAAAUCCAUAUGUGAUGAAAAAGAAAAACUAUGAACAACUAGACGGAAAUUUGAGGUAUGAAGGGUACUGCGUAGAUCUAGCAAAUGAAAUUGCAAGGCAUGUGGGAAUAGAUUACAAAUUAUCAAUCGUGGAGGAUGGGAAAUAUGGUGCCAGAGAUCCAGAAACCAAAAUAUGGAACGGGAUGGUGGGUGAACUUGUGUAUGGGAGAGCAGAUAUUGCUGUCGCCCCUCUCACCAUUACUCUGGUACGGGAAGAAGUGAUUGAUUUUUCAAAACCAUUUAUGAGCCUUGGAAUCUCCAUCAUGAUUAAGAAACCACAAAAAUCUAAACCAGGAGUUUUCUCCUUUCUGGAUCCCUUGGCCUAUGAAAUCUGGAUGUGUAUAGUCUUUGCAUACAUUGGCGUCAGUGUAGUUCUUUUCCUAGUGAGCAGGUUCAGCCCAUAUGAAUGGCAUUUGGAGGACAACGAUGAAACUCGUGACCCUCAGAAUCCUCCUGAUCCUCCAAAUGAAUUUGGAAUUUUUAACAGCCUUUGGUUUUCCCUGGGUGCCUUUAUGCAGCAAGGAUGCGAUAUUUCUCCAAGAUCUCUCUCUGGGCGAAUUGUUGGAGGAGUUUGGUGGUUCUUCACCUUAAUCAUAAUCUCUUCCUAUACUGCCAAUUUAGCUGCUUUCCUUACAGUGGAAAGAAUGGUAUCUCCUAUAGAAAGCGCAGAAGAUCUAGCCAAACAAACCGAAAUAGCAUACGGAACUUUGGAUUCAGGAUCAACCAAAGAGUUUUUCCGGCGGUCAAAAAUUGCAGUCUAUGAGAAAAUGUGGUCAUACAUGAAAUCAGCGGAGCCAUCUGUGUUUACCAAAACCACUGAUGAUGGUGUGGCCCGGGUUCGUAAAUCGAAAGGGAAAUUCGCCUUCCUGCUGGAGUCUACGAUGAAUGAAUAUAUUGAACAAAGGAAGCCUUGUGACACCAUGAAAGUUGGAGGAAACCUGGACUCCAAAGGAUAUGGCGUGGCAACUCCAAAAGGCUCAGCAUUAAGAAAUGCUGUUAACCUGGCAGUAUUAAAACUGAAUGAGCAAGGACUCUUGGACAAAUUGAAAAACAAAUGGUGGUACGACAAAGGAGAAUGCGGCAGCGGGGGAGGUGACUCCAAGGACAAGACAAGUGCACUAAGCUUAAGCAAUGUCGCAGGGGUGUUCUAUAUACUCGUUGGAGGUCUUGGACUUGCUAUGAUGGUUGCUUUGAUAGAAUUCUGCUACAAGUCAAGAGCAGAAUCCAAACGAAUGAAACUCACAAAGAACUCACAAAACUUUAAACCUCCUCCUGCAACUAGUACCCAAAAUUAUGCUACAUACAGAGAAGGUUACAACGUUUAUGGAACAGAAAGUGUUAAAAUCUAAGGCUAACAAUAAGAAUUAUGAAAUGGAAUGAACCUAUAAGAACAAGGCUUCCUUUUAGAUCCUGACAACCUGAGCCAGUUAAACUCUUUCCUUGGUGUCAGGAAUGACACAAAUUGCUGAUGGUGCAAUGAACUUUUA